CCCGCAUGUCAUUGAAUGCAGCUGUCAUUGAGUGCAUGUGUAUGGAUGUCGAUCACACAUGUCCGUACAAAAUAAAGCAAUGGUGGGAUACACAAUCAGUCAUUGAGUGUCUGAUUCUGUGUCUCUCUCUUCACUGAGACAUUCGCAUGACUUUGUUCGACCAAAACAGACGAGAAACAGACAAAAAACUGUUGGCACAAAAGUUUGAUAGGCGACAACACACACAGACAUUAAUACAUAGACACACACAGACCGACACACAGUCGACUGCCGCAUGGAUGAGUGAAUGCACGUUCUGCCGGAAGUCGACGAAUCAGUUGUAUGGCGAACACGGCCGCUGCAUACAACAAAGCAGGAAUGUCCAUCACACUCAACCUGCACAAACGCACACACACGCACACAUGCACACACAUGUUUGGAGACACCAACAUCGACAAACGGGCGUGGUGAUUCUCUUGGUCUUAUUCACUGAGAACUGAGAUGAGCCUCUGAGUUGACCAAGUCCGUAAAGCUCUUGACAUUCUCGUGUGGGUGGGAAGCCGCACUCGGUGCUUGAGGCGGGUGGGGCAGCGCUGCGCGACACGCCAAAGCAGAUGCUCCAGCAGACGCAUGCAGGCGUGCAGGGCACAGAUGCCUCGUCCAUGACGAAAGCUGCCCGCCCGCCGCCGCUGGAGGGCCGGUGGGCACACGGCAAGUGAGGUCGCCGACCUUGAUCAUGGGCACUGCGUCCUCAGUCGCCGGGGCGCUUGCGACAGCUCGUUGGUCGAGGAAGUCGACAAAGCAGUCGUAGGCAAGAGGAGGCUGAUGUCUGCAGCUGUUGCCGCACGAGCACCCUCGCGUCGUGUGCGGGGCAGGACGCCGUGUGGCUUGAGCUGCAGCAGCUUGACCAGGUCCGACACGACAGCAGACGACUGCCCGUCACAGCCAACCUGCCACACACACACACACACAGAGAGAGAGAGAGAGACACAAUUCCAUCCAUCCAUCCACCCAUCUGUCCAUCCAUCACUGCUUGCAGUGUGUGCCAUAAUGUCUCCUUCACUCACGGCUUUUGUGUCGGGGCGGGGCUGAUUGCCAUAGACCUUGGUAUGAGCGAUGCGAGCACGUAGGUCGAGCUCUCGCUCCUGCUUUUGCAGUGCGAUGGCUCGCCCGGUGGGGUGGGCGGCUUCGGCGGCACCUCUUCCUCCUCUUCUAUCUCGUCGACGGGCCCGUCGUGCAUAUCCUCGUCCACCUCAUCGUCCCAUCCCCUGCCCUCUCCCCCCAGACUGCCUCGUCCCCGCUUCUUGGCCGUGCCGACCUCAGCAUCGCCGUCCUCUCCCCCCUCCAUCUCGUCCAGGUCGGCGUGGCGGUUGGCCUCCUGCCCGUCGUCCAGCUGGUCCAUCAGGGCGUCGUCCUCCGCCCCUUCGCCAGCAUGCUGAUGGACGUCAGGCUCCGAAUGACGGUCGGACUCGUCAUCUGAACGGUGAAAGAGGUGCAGUGAGUGAUUGAGUGAAUGAAGUCGCAGUGCAAGAGUGAAAUGACUGACAAUCAUUGCUUACCGUGCGACUCCGCCUUCAGGCGCUUGUUCGCGCCUGAGUGAGAGGCAGACACAUGGACAAGUGAAUGAAUGGUGUCGUUGAACAGUGCUGCUUCUCUCUCUUGGUUUCUCUGCUCACCGGUUGUCAAUGAGCGGCUGCGCUUUUUGGGUGGCUGAUAGGCAGAUGUGAAAGGCUUUCCUCUGAGGCCUUUCCUCUUCUUUGGACCCAUGGUGGCUUAGAAUACACAGAGAACGCCUUAGAAGGAUACCAACGCUCUUUAUUGCUCCUG